AUGCUCAGCAAAAUCGCCCUCAAAGAAGCCUUCGCGCUGCCCCGAUUGCACGAGAAGACGAAAUGGUGGGCGGGCAUGUUCGCAACCGACACAGACAAGCACACCGCAGAGAUCAACGACGUCGGACCAAUUCGACUCGACUUCGCCAAGCGCCAUGGGGACGCGCAGGCGCUUGCCGUUGAGAUCAACGACUACAUCGCGGAGAAAGUGAAAGCACACCCGGAUCAGUUUGCCGCAUUUGCCACGCUCUCCAUGCACGACCCGCAAGAAGCAGCAGCCGAGCUCCGUCGUUUCGUAACACAGCACGGGUUCCCGGGGGCACUUGUGAAUGGCACGCAGCGCGCCGGUAUCGAUGGCGACGACCUGAUUUUCUACGACAACGAGAAAUGGGACGAGUUCGGGGCUACUUGCACGGAGCUGGACGUGCCGCUGUGCCUACACCCGCGCAACCCGACAGGCACGAUCUACGACAAGCUGUGGGCUGAUCGGAAAUGGCUUGUUGGACCUCCGCUGUCGUUCGCGCAUGGAGUCAGUCUGCAUGUUCUCGGGAUGGUGACGAACGGGGUGUUUGACCGGAACCCGAAGCUGCAGGUUAUACUGGGACAUUUGGGAGAGCACAGACCGUUUGAUAUGUGGCGGAUUAAUCACUGGUUUGAGGAUUGGAAGAAGAUGCUCGGACUUGGGGAGACGUGUGAGCGGACGAUUCGGGAGUACUUUGCGGAGAAUUUGUGGAUUACGACGUCGAGACAUUUCUCGACUACUACGUUGCACUUUUGUAUGGCGGAGGUUGGGGCUGAUCGGAUUUUGUUCUCUAUUGAUUAUCCGUUUGAGACGUUUGAGGAUGCCUGUGAGUGGUUUGAUUCGGCCGAGAUGUCAGAUCCGGAUCGGUUGAAGAUUGGAAGAGAGAAUGCGAAGAAGCUGUUUAAGCUUGGAGUUUACAAGGAUAGCACGGCUUGA